AUGGAUAACCGAUCUAUUUUGAAUUCGUACGAAUCGACCGAACAUGCGCUCAUGGAUUCGUUCAAAGCAGCGGCUGUCAAAGUGACCAACUUGUACAAAGACGCCUUAGCACAGAAUCGUCGAGGUUAUGCUGCCGGCUACCAACAAGCCUUCCAGGACCUAUUCGAGUUUACACGGACCCAUGCUCACGGAUCAACACACAUUGCCGUGGAGGAUUUACUCGAAUUCGCACAACGCAAAGACGAGCAGCUCAUGGCAGAGCUUGGAUCAGAUGGUGUUCUAGAUGGCUCCAACCCUCCUUCUACAAGUACCACCACAACCACUGCUGCUGCUGCUGCUGCUACUACAACCACCAACAAUACCUCCACCCACACGACUACCACUCACAACCAUCUUUCCACGCCUACACCCGACCAAAAACAUCAAGAUGCCAUGGUUGAUAAGAGUAUAUUCCAGAUCGAUCCUAAUACUCAAUUCACCUUUACACCUCCUACAUUAUCGCCACGCGUACCUUAUGGAUCUAUGAUGGCAUCUCCAUGGAUGGUGCAUCCUCAUCAGCAACAACAACAACAUCAAGAAAACAUGGGUGAUACCCUAAAGCGACGACAUGUGGGUAAUGAGUUAUCGUUCAUGGGAAGGACUUUGAGCAACAUGGAUGUGGAUUCUACUGAACCUUCAAUGAAACGGAACAAGUCAAAGUAA